AGAUAGUUCACUAACGAAUGGUGAAUAAAUAGAGUUAUUUACGAUCCCGUGACAAAGAUUAUCAAAAUUGAUAUAACGGUAUCCUUUUAUAUGUAUUUAACUAUCUAUCUACUUCUGUUAUUAUUUUCUCACCCCUAUACUAGCUACCCUAUACCCUGUAGACCUACAACAAAAACGACAGGCAUAUCGUUACGAGCGCUAUAAACCACGCAAAGCAACAAGUCGGCACGAAGAUGGCGAUUGCCUCGGCGCUCAGUUGGCGGGAAGCUCUUGUCGAAAGCUUUCCUCUGAUCACAAGCGCGCUCCAAAAAAAGUUACCAAACUAAAAAAAAUAUUCAGUCAUCUAAUGUGUAUUUAAUACAAAGGAUUUGCGACAGAUGAUUGUUGGAUAAGAUAUUGGAAAAAGAAACCGUUAUUGUAUUUUAAAAAUAAAUAAAAAAUUACUCGUGGACUGCUGCGAACGAACUAAAAUCUAAGUACCUGUAUUAAACGGUCUGAAAGAAAAAAAAUAAAAUUUAAAAGGUGUAAAAAUAUCUGUUCAUCUUAAAAAAGGAGAAGUAUAGAAUGCACUGAAAUAAAGUUAAAAGAAACAUUGUAAUGUCGAAAAAAUGCCGGUCAAAUAUGACCCGAACGCUUUGUGGUUGGUUCUCAGUGAGUACAGUGACACUAACAUAUUUGAGAUAUACGCGAAGCUGCUGGCACAGCUGUUCAUUCAGGAGGAGGCUGCGAGGCAGGAGGGUGACACUAGCGAAGCCGAGAAGGUGAUCCUCCCCAGUGAUAAGGACUACAGACUACAGAAGUAUUUCACUCUCGUCGCCUUGCAGAAGGAUUUAGAAGAGCAAGAAGAUGCCGAUAAGGAGGUCAAGCCAGUGGAGGAGCCGGUGGAGGAGUGGGCUCCGUGGUCGCUGGUGGUGCCCAUCAAGAACCCGCACGCGCCUCCGCCGGUCGCUGUCAAAACCACGCCCGGACCGGCUUGGGAUAUCGGACAAGUCUUGAAAGCAGCAUGCCUACUCUGCAAACCUCCCUUGCCUGUUACAUUCGUUGAUGAACAAGAAAUGCGAUGCGUUUACUCUCUUAUUUACGACGUAUUUCGAUAUAAAACCAUAUUGGACCAAGCUAUCGAAGACAUUGAGUUUCUGGCUUCGCAUCCCGAGUUCAAACCUCACCGCCAUAUGGUAUGGUUAUUCUUGAUGGAGCUAGCGCGGCGACGAUGGGGCGCUAGAGCGAGAGGCGAAAUAGAACGAGCCACACAACUCUUGGAGGAGGCAGGCUCACCUUUUAAGGAAAUCGAAAACAUUAUUUGGGAAGAACGAGUGCAUUUUGCUGCUGCUAUAGCAAGACUGAGAAUUAAAAACAGAGCCUUCACUCUGUCGGAGUUAUUGCCGGCUCAUCUGCGCGAGGAACGGGUGUCUGCCUGCGUAAAUAAGGACUCGGUAACUGGAUGGGUCAAUACGUUUAAAGCUAAAAAGGUGGCGUUACUGGUAAAAAGACUACACGAGUUGGGCUACUCGUACAGUAACUCUCGACAGCUCUGCGCAGGAGAGUACAGAUUUGAUCGAGUCUGUCCUAGAUUCAUCACUUUGCGUCCACCGGAGAAUGUGAGCAUUGGACAGUUGGACCUUGUCAAGGAUAGUGUUAUAGUGCUACAGGAGAGAGAGUUCUGCGAAGGUGCAUCGACAUUAUGUCGUGCUCUUCGAGCCAACUCGCUCCGUGGUGUGGUGGCCCAGACGCAUGCAUCUUCGCCGCGCUGUUCCGCCUACCUAGCGGCGCAGCUUAGGGAGCUGGCGGCGGUGCUCAAGGCGAAGACCCCGGCAGCACCCGCCACACCCGAACUUGGGAAACUUGUUGUGUUUGGAGCUGGUGACAAAGUGGCAAGUUACGUGUGCGCCCUACGAGAACUGGGUAUCGACGCAUCAGAAGCGAUCCAGUCGGGUGCGCCUGUGUGUGUGAUCAGCGAGCCUGUUCACUGUGACACGCCCACUGUCAUCAACGCCUUGGACGGGGUUGUGGCUGCUCUCGCCACGCCGCCCAACUCAUACUCGGCAGUCACUGAUCCUAUAGACCUCGUAUGUGGUCGAGGAGGGGAUCUGGCCAUGCUUGAGAUUCUCACGGAGUCAGAGGUUGACAACAACGGAAAAGCGCGAGUACAGUCUAUUUUAGAAGAGCAGAAGAAAACUUUGAGAUCACUCAUGUCCAAACCACAGAUCCAACUCAUACUGUAUGAGACACAUUCGGCUUUAGAGGCAGAGAACCAAGCUCAAGUCACGCGAGCGGUGGCGGAGGCGAACAGAGUGGCUCGCGAGCGACACGCGCUGCUCAAGAAGAAACAUCGUACACCUAGUCCACAAAAGCCAUGUCCGGAAACAGUCGCUGCUACUGAACCAUCCGCUCCUACUGGAGUACCCCCAGACGAAAACAUGGUAACGGACGAUCGCAGUCCCUCGACGACGUCUAUAGACAACACGAUAUCCCGCUCCGACUUAGACAAAGAUGAGCAACUGGACGACAUCUCUGUGUGUGAGUCUACGCACUCAAGGCCCCGGUCCGGUUCUCGCCCCAGCACGGCCAGGGUGAAGUCAAAUGAAGUUAUUAUAAAGAAGCAAAUCGAUAAUGUGGAGAAAGCGUCGCGACCGGGAACGAACAAGGCUAGGCCGAUUCCGGAGAUGCCGAAUCCGCCAAGCUUUGCCAUACCCGGUGACCCUGAUAAAGAUAGCCCUGAUGUAGUUGUGCCAAGUUGUGAUUUGUUUGAAGUAAGAAACCUACCAAAUUUAGGAAAUGGGUUGGACAUCAAUUAUAUUCUUGAUCGGGACGGGUGCUAUCUUGGUCUCAUUCAGAGGAAGGAGAUCACCCGGCUCGACGCUAAGUUUAUGAUCCGCGUGGCGGAAGACCGCGGCCUGUUCGGGCCGGGCGCCGCCGCGCCGCCGCCUCGACGCAAGCGCACUGACACCGCGCCGCUCUCACCCAGGCGACGGCGGAGGAAGGCCAGCUUUGAGGUGGAGCGCGUGGCGGCCCCCACGUACGCGUCGCUGUGCCGCUCGUCGCGGCGCGGCAGCGCGCCCGCGUCGCUGGAGGCGCGGCGCUGCGACCCGCGCGUGUGCGAGCGCCACGCGCGCCGCCAGGCCGCCGCCGCCGCCGUCGUGGCCGCCGCCUGCACCUGCGACGCCAGACACAGACACCGCCGUUCUUCUAACGGCAGCGCGGUAACGGGCGCGCCAUCAGCCCGCGGGCCGGACGCGCCCUGCCGACGCCCCUUCCCGCUCGUAGUACACGACUUGCGACUCAAGGCCGCCAUACCGCACCAGAAGAUAUUCGCUUCUUGAAAAAUACACCUUAUUACAACCGUAUUACGAACUAUGAACAACGUUAGCCUAAGUUCCGAUGGGCAGCGAUCAGCAGGUUUUAGACGAGGAAUUUACCAGAAGCGAAUAUUUAAUAUUAGUCACAUCUAACGCCUGUCUCGAUAAGUAUUGUAGGCGUUGUGACACUAUAUAAUUCUGGUAUUUAAUGAUGUGAAAGCUCGUCACCUGAUUACCUCGAUUCGGCUUCAAUUAUAACUAAGUCGUGCUUACAACAAGAUGCUAAUGUCGGGAAAUCACGUUGCUUAGAGAUCAUACGGCGGUGUUACUAUAAUGAAAAUAUAAAACUAGUCAGUGUUGCCACAUAGAUGUCGCGAGGGUGAGAUUUAAGAUACUGUAUUAUUUAACCGAUAAAAUCAUGAUUUUUGUCAUUUCGUUGAAUAUAGUACUCUAUAAAAUUAGAUAUAUAUGGGGGAAUCAUCACAACCUUUCCCUUGCGAGAUCUGUGGUGUGGUCCUUUGAUAGGUAAUUUUAUGUGUGUUUGUUAGGCUAGAAGCACGUAAACUAAACCAUUGACAUUAUAGUAUACAUUUCGAUAUUUUUUACAUUUUCAAAUCAAAAACAGAAUCGUGUGCUUUUAGCUUUAAUUUUUACAACUAGGACUAGUAAUAGAAAGUUUGUUUAGCAAAAUAUUUGCAAUUCGGCGAUAGUAGUAUUUAUAAAUUAUGAUCUGUCCUAUUGCAAGGGAUAACAUCAAAACAAUUUUUAUCCAACUUAAAUAGAAUACGCCACAAAGAUUCACCACGAUAUAUAUUUUAUACGUAAUGUUAACGGUAAAGAGUUCCUAACGUUAUGUUUUGAUGUUAUUCCUUCGUAUGAAGACAUUAUAUUAUGAUUCAUUAAAAGGUUUUUUAUUAUUUUAAUUUUCGAUUAACUUUUGACACAAUAUAAACUUCUAUAACAAAUGAAAG